GGUACUCUGAAAGGAUAUUGCACAGGGAUUUUGUGCGUACGACCAUACGUCGGAUAUCACCAUGAUCGACAGGACUUUGUUUUCGUCCACGAUGUAUCCGCUCAAUGUUCUCUCGUUCCUUUAUCAACCAGCAACGAAAAGUUCUGGCAAAGUCCACCUCUAUAUUCAGGCGUAUAUACAGGACUGAUGACUCUACGCCGGUCAAUCAACCACCACCACCUUGUCGCCAGAUAAUACACAAGGUGGAUGCAUCUCUCACAAGUUCAGAAGAUUCUGCAGCCUUCUCCGUGUUGUGCUAUAAUAUCCUAUGCCCGCAAUAUGCCUCAGCGGCGAUUUACCCUUACACGCCUCCUCAGGCUCUGGAAUGGAACUAUAGGAGGGAUCGCAUCAUGAAUGAGAUAUGUCUCUAUUCAUGUGAUUUCGUCUGCAUGCAGGAAGUCGAUCGGGACAUAUACGACGAAUGGUUGAGGGGGACGAUGAAGCAAGAGGGAUACGAGAGCGUGUAUUGUCCUGCAUGGGUCAAGAGUCUACCACGGAACAAUGGCAAGAGAGAAAAGAGGGACGGCUGUGCUGUGUUUUGGAAGGCAGAGAGAUACGGACUAGUCGAGGAUCAGUUCAUCGAGUUUUCGAAUCUCGCCAAAAACCGCCAGGACUUCAAGUCCUGUAAGGCUGUCUCCAAACGUUUAUUGCAACGAGGAAACAUCGGCAUCAUCUGUCUCUUCAAGUGUCUUUCUACCCGGAAACAGUUGUUGUUAACCAACACACACAUCUAUUGGGACCCAGAAUUUUGCGAUGUCAAACUCGUACAGGUUGGCAUGUUACUUAGAGAAAUGGAGAAAGUUGCAGAUCGCGUUCGAAGCGAAAUGGCUCAAGUACAGCCCGCUGGGCCACCGGAGCUACCUAUCGUCUUGUGUGGAGACUUCAACUCUCUACCAUCCUCGGGCGUCUAUGAUUUUUUGUCAACAGGAACCAUCCCGAAAAAUCAUCCGGAUUUUAAACAUUUUCAGUACGGACGGUUCACGAAGCACGGCAUGAGACAUGGAUUGGGACUGAGAAGCGCCUAUGCUGCGAGAGUUGGUCAGUCGGACGAGGGUGAAGUGCUCCCAUGGACGAAUUACACCGCUCACUUCAAGGGUGUUCUCGACUACAUUUGGUACUCGAAGGAUACACUCGAAUCGAAGUCUAUCCUUGGGAAAAUCGACGAAGUUUACUUGGAAGCGGAGAAAGUGACGGGCUUUCCCCACACCCAUUUUCCGAGCGACCAUAUCCCCAUCAUGACUGAGUUUGCGUGGAGAGGUUCUACGAAGGCAAGUAUGUAGGAGGUCAUCGCACCUGGAUUACAGCUGGAUUACAAUUAUGCGUACAAGUUCACAUCUACGAGGAAGCGAUAAGUAUAAGUAGGCUGUGGUGGGUAUAUGUAUAAGUAUCAGUGCGAGCGAGAUGAAUAGGACAUAAAACCCUUCAGCCCAGUUCACAUCAAUUCCAUCAAAACCUGGAGUGCCUUUUCUGGGUCUGCCCAAUGAACCUGGAAACGGUGAACAGUGAAAACCAGGCGUGGACGUGGACAGGAAGGGAACGAACGAAAUGAUUGAUUCCCGGUACCAACUUACCAGCAAUCCCCAAGGCACCCGUUUUCUCGCCGCAUAUACACGAUCUUCUCAUAUGAGGAAAGAUUGUCGCUA